AGAGCGCAUGCGCGCCGCCCGCCCGCCUGCAACAUGUCGGCGCAAGGGGACUGCGAGUUCCUGGUGAAGCGGGCCCGCGAGCUGGUGCCGGGGGACCUAUGGGCGGCCAAAGCCUGGCUCAUCACGGCGCGGAGCCUCUACCCCGCCGACUUCAACAUCCAGUAUGAGAUGUACACCAUCGAGAGGAACGCCGAACGGACGGCGUCGGCGGGUAGGCUGCUUUAUGACAUGUUUGUGAAUUUUCCAGACCAACCUGCAGUGUGGCGAGAGAUCAGCGUCAUUACAUCGGCAUUAAGGAAUGACUCCCAGGAUAAGCAGACACAGUUUUUAAGAGGAUUAUUUGAGACCCUUCCUGGUCGAGUCCAGUGCGAAAUGUUACUAAAGGCCACAGAGCAGUGUUUUAACACACUAGAAAGGGCAGAAAUGCUCCUGCUCCUUCUGCGGCGCUUUCCGGAGACUGUCGUACAACACGGGGUAGGUCUUGGAGAAACCUUAUUAGAAGCUGAAAGUAUUGAAGACCAAGAAUCCCCAGUGAAUUGUUUUAGAAAAUUAUUUGUUUGUGAUGUUCUUCCUCUCAUAAUCAACAACCCUGAUGUUCGGCUUCCUGCCAGCUUGCUAUAUAAAUAUCUGAAUAAAGCAGCAGAGUUUUAUAUUAACUAUGUAACUCGAUCUACACAGACUGAAAGCCAGUAUCAAGGUUCACAAGAUUCCACUGAUAUUAUGUCUCCAAGCAAACGUAGCUCUCAGAAAUAUAUAAUAGAUGGUCUCACAGAGAAAUCAUCCCAGAUUACAGAUCCUUGGGAGAGGCUAUUUAAAAUACUGUCUGUGGUGGGAAUGAGAUGUGAAUGGCAAAUGGAUAAAGGAAGAAGAAAUUUUGGUGAUAUUUUGCACAGAAUGAAAGACCUCUGCAGAUACAUCAGCAACUUUGAUAGUGAUGCACAUGCUAAAUACAAGAAUCAAGUAGUGUAUUCCACGAUGUUGGUCUUCUUUAAAAACGCAUUCCAGUAUGUCAGCAACAUCCAGCCGUCUCUCUUCCAGGGUCAAAAUGCCCCAAACCAAGCCCCACUGAUUCUUCUCGAAGAUGUGACCAACAUCUACGGCGAUACAGAUAUUGAUCGUAACAAACACAUACACAAAAAGAGGAAACUUGCAGAAGGAAGGGAGAAAACAAUGCAGAGCUCAGAUGAUGAGGAUCCUUCUGGGAAAGGCCGAAGUCGCCAUAUUACAGUGAAUAAGGCAGAUCUUGCAAACUCUAUUGAAGUACUAGAGAGCUUUAAACUGGCAAGAGAGAGCUGGGAGCUGCUCUAUUCUCUGGAAUCACUCGACAAAGAGUUCACCAGAAUUUGUUUGUCAUGGAAAACGGAUACUUGGCUUUGGUUGAGAAUCUUUCUCACAGACAUGAUCAUCUACCAGGGACAGUACAAAAAAGCCAUUAGCAGUCUACAUCACUUGGCAGCUCUUCAGGGCUCCCACCCGCCACAGCCAAUUACAGGACAAGGCUCUCUAGAAAAUCAGAGAGCGCUAAUCCAGCUAGCGACGUGUCACUUCGCCCUUGGGGAGUACAGGCAAACAUGCGAAAAAGUGCUUGACCUCAUGUGCUAUAUUUUACUUCCAAUACAAGAAGGAAGUAAAGUCCAAGAGGAGCAACCUAAAGUCAAGUCUAAAUUCAGGAAAGGGUCUGAUUUGAAGCUCUGGCCAUGUACAAGUCGAGCUAUCAUGCCCUAUUGCCUUCAUCUGUUACUAGCUUGUUUCAAGCUCCGAGCUUUCACAGACAGCAGAGAUGAUAUGGCACUGGGCCACGUGGUGGUUUUGCUUCAGCAUGAAUGGCCGAGAGGUGAAAACCUGUUCCUGAAAGCCAUCAACAAAAUCUGCCAGCAAGGAAACUUCCAGUAUGAGAAUUUCUUCAACUAUGUUACAAAUAUUGAUAUGUUGGAGGAAUUUGCUUAUUUAAGAACACAGGAAGGAGGGAAAAUUCAUCUGGAAUUGUUGCCAAAUCAAGCGAUGUUGAUCAAGACUUCUAGCCCUCCCCUGGGGUUACUGCAGCAGGAAUUCAUGCCUGUGCUACAGCCCAGCAUACAGACUGCUGACAGGCAUCAUACGGUUACCCGGGGCAUCACGAAAGGAGUGAAAGAAGAUUUCCGCCUGGCCAUGGAGCGCCAGGUCGCCCGCUGUGGGGAGAACCUCAUGGUGGUUUUGCACCGCUUCUGCAUUAACGAGAAAAUACUGCUGCUUCAGACCCUGGCCUGAAGGGGCCGGACCUCGGGACACUGUCACUUUGGCACAAGGGGGAAGGCUCUGGAAUCCACAGCAGGAAUUCCAUUGCGGGAAGCCACUUGUCACCGAUUCCCUGUUAGUUGCAAGUUCUGCGGGACACAGGCCCUCCUUGAUGUUUGCUCACUGCUCCUUUUUCUAAUGGGGAAGAUGGAACUUUAUAAAUAAAACUUUCCUUAAGA